AUGAGGUGGUUUAUGCGUAGGCGCACGCGGUUGCUGUGUUUGGUGUUGGCUGGUAUCUCUGUUUUUCUCCAUCUCCUACUGGUCCUGUUAAUGCUCUCUGUAUACCAGUCUCCUUGCCUCUCUCCUUCCCCUCACCACGACAAACCUAGUCUGGCACUGGAGGACAACAACUUCACCUCAAAGUACAACUAUGUCAAACUACCUGCCCACAUGGGACAAAAGAGCUCCUCAAACACAGAUGCAAAUGGUCGUCACAAAAUGGCUGCCUCAUCAAACAUGGCUGACAUGAGAAACCAUGAAAAUUCAGCACUUAAGGAGGAUAGGGAGAUUGCCUCUUUCAAAAUGGCUGCUCCAAAUGGAAACCAUGCGGCUACGCCAUCCAAAGCUGACCUUACAAAGCUGGAGGCUCUUUUUGACCAUCCUCUGUAUAAUCUGCCACAGCCACCUCUGGAAGAAGAGGACUGGCUACUGAGAGUGAAGGCCAAGGCCAAUGUUGCUGAGAGGGAGAGCACGCAGCAGUGGUUGAGUGACAAUCAGAAUGAGUAUGAGCCAAUCCAAUGGAACAGCAGUACCGAAACUCACCCACCCUGGCUGAGGUUUCACCUCGGUAUCACUCGCUGGCACCUCUAUGCCCAUCGCGAUGCCAACCUGGGCCCUCUGAUUGAACAGCUGGCCUCUCACCGUAUUGUCAGCGCAGUGCAGAAGGCUGGGGGUACUCAGCUCAAGCUGGUGAUGUCAUUUCCUAAUUACGGACAGGCUCUGCUCAAGCCCAUGAAACAGGAGCGAGAUGAAGAGACAAACUUUAAUCUGUUCUACUUCUCUGACUUUGAGAGACACAAUGCUGAGAUUGCAGCCUUUCAUCUGGACAGGGUGUUAGGUUUCCGUAGGGUCCCUCCUGUGGUUGGACGACUCAUUAAUGUGGUUAAAGAAAUCAGAGAUCUUACCACUGAUGUUAAACUGGCCAAGACUUUCUUUACUUCUCCAGUUGGUAAUACAUGCUUUUAUGGCCAGUGCUCAUACUACUGUUCCACUGAGCAUGCAGUGUGUGGGCGACCCCACGACCUGGAGGCCUCUAUGGCUGUUAUGCUGCCAGAUCUGUCCCUGGCACCUCGCCGCUCGUGGAGGAGCCCCUGGAGACGCUCUUACAGCCGCAGCAAGUCGGCAGUGUGGGAGAAAGAUUCCAAAUACUGUCAGACAGUGAAGAAGACCUCUCCUUACAACAGAGGAACCCGCCUGGUUGACUUUAUAGACAUGGCCAUACUGGACUUUCUCAUGAGUAACAUGGACAGACAUCACUAUGAAACUUUUGAGAGAUUUGGAAAUAACACUUUUCUUAUACACUUAGACAAUGGGAGAGCAUUUGGGCGGCACUCCAAAGAUGAACCCUCUAUACUGGCUCCACUUGUGCAGUGUUGCAGAAUCCGUCGCUCUACCCUGCUUCGCCUCGGCCUCCUCUCUCUCCCUCAGUACCGUCUGAGUGAUGUCAUGCGGGCGUCGCUGUCUCAGGAUCCUCUGGCAAAGGUGUCCCCUAUCCUGUCUGAGUCACACCUUGCUGCCAUUGACCGUCGCUUGGCAACAGUGCUGCUGACUGUGCAGAACUGUCUAGAGCAAAACAAUGAUGUCAUAUACAAUGACAUCACAGACUAUCCUGACGAGGUCACAGUGGAGCACUAA